AGGAAAUGGAGGAAAUUCGAGAGCUUGACAAGGACUUCGCAGAUCAAAUGUCGAAACUACUUUCGACAGAGGAAGAUAUAUUGAGUGAGCUAGAGCUAGAGCUAGAGCUAGAGAAUGGAGAAAGAGUCGAGGUCACCGAAGCAAACGUACACCUGUAUGUGAAGAAGAAGGUACGAGAUUACCUUGCUCCAUUGCAAUUUGCCCGUUUCCAACAAGGGUUCAACAAAGUCUGUGACACCAAAGUCUUGGGUAUCUUUAGACCUGUCGAGUUAGAAGCCCUCGUCACUGGCGAUAAAUACUUUGAUUGGGACGCCCUCGAGAAGUCUACACGGUACAAAGAUCCCUACACAGACUCACAUUCAACCAUCAAGAUGUUUUGGGAAGUCUUUCACGCUCUAGACGAUAACCAGAAAAGGGAGUUUCUAGUAUUUGUGGCGGGGUCUGAUCGCGUACCGGUCGGUGGGUUGCAGAACCUAGGUCUCACCAUCGCAGAACUCCAGAUCCCCAGGGACGAUGCCGUCGACGACCACGACGAGGAGUCUAGCGAAGACAGGAUGUCGAGAUUGUGUCCAGUGGCCCACUGCUGCGAUAACAACGAGUAUAACCGCACACUGGAUCUCCCUAUGUACACGAGUAAAGAGCUCGUCAAGGAUCGCUUGAUGGCUACUCUGUCGUUCUCCAACAGCCCAUUUCAUAUUGCCUAGCGGGACGAAUACAGAUGGAGGGAGAGACUGUUUGAGCGAAACCCUUUA